UCCCCCGGGGCUCGGCGAGCUCCGGUUCCGCCCGGGCGCCGAGCGGUUCCCGGCUCUGCCGGGGUUACAGGUGUUUGUCGGCGUUGCUCGGUCACGGGAGCGGAGCCGUGACCCUCGGCUGCGUUCCCAGCUCCCGCCGCUCGCUGCCUGACCUUGGGCGGGGCUCGCUCUCGCUCUCCAUGUGCUCGGGCUGCACGUGUGCCGCUCUCCCGCAGCAGCCCGGGGCUCCCGGCGCAUGGAGGAGCUGGAGGAACGGAAACGCAAAGUGAGGCUCGGGAAGGACGCUGCCCUUGCAGCGAGGAACAGAGCCAGGGCUCCGUUUCCUCGCGGUGGCUUUGAGGCGACGGCACCGGCGGCAUUUCGCAAAAGCGCCUUGGGUUGGCAGGGCAGUGACACCUGUGACAGGACAGGAACGUGCCACCAGAUGAACGAAGAACUUCCGCGGCCGAGCUCUCCCGGCGGCUCCCGAGCCAAGAGCUGCGCGCGGGGAGGCACCAAAUGGUCUCUGUGAGCUGCCAGGACCCGCUGCCCGCCCUGAGCGGCCCUUCCCUGCCGGAGAGCUUGGCCAGUGCCCUGCGGUGCAGGAUGCCACCGUCCCUGCCGCCGGGGCACGGCCACCCCGAGGGCUCCGGGCACGUCCUGGCGGGCGGCGGCGCCGAGGAUGUCCCGCUCUCCAAGGCGGAGCCCCCCAAAGCCCAGCUCAGCAAGGCUCAGCUCAGGCUGCCCGAGUUCCGCCUCGCCCGGGACUUCGUCCCCACGCUGGAGGAGAUCGAGGAGUUCCUCAGGGAGAAGGCAGAGCUCCCCAGGGAUGAAGCGGGAGAUCCUCACCCCGCGGGGUGGAAGGUGGAGAGCAAAGCCGAGCUCGGCUCCGGGGCACGGCUCAUCCCCAGAGCGCCCCAAGGAGCAGGAGGACACGUCCCAAACAACAUCCCAAACGCUGCUGGUGACCGGGCAGUGGCUGCCGGCGGCAUUCCCGUUGUCCUGCAGCUCCAGCCUCUCCCGAUGGACAGCGUCACCCCUCCGGCACAGCCUGGGGGUGUCAGGGUGGCCCAGCUGCUGCUCAGCCUGCAGGGUCCAAACCUGCCGCUCCUCCCUCAGCUCCAGAGCCCCGGCGCCGUCCCGGACCAAAAGUUUGUCAGAAUUGCCCCGCUGCCGGUGGCCCCAGGCCCGGGGGACGCGCGGGAGGAGGGGGCAGUGCCCGGGUGCCAGCAGGGCUCCCCUCCCCUGCUCCGCACCCACCGCUGCUCCCACCCCGGCUGUGGGAAGGUUUAUUCCAAGAGCUCCCACCUGAAGGCUCAUUUCCGCCGGCACACCGGGGAGAAACCCUACACCUGUGCCUGGCCCAACUGCGGCUGGAGGUUCUCCCGCUCGGAUGAGCUCUCCCGCCACAAGCGCUCCCACUCCGGCCUCAAGCCCUACCAGUGCCCGGCCUGUGAGAAGAGGUUUGCCCGCAGUGACCACUUGGCCAAGCACCUGAAGAUCCACCGGGGCCAGCCCUGCAGCCCACGGACGCUUCCAGAGGGGAGCGGGAGUUAAUUCCUGCCACCCAUCCCUGCCAGGGAGGUGCCAGAGCCGGGGAAACGCUGCGGAAAGCGCUGCUGAGGAGGAGGGAACGACUCCUGAAGGAGCGACGGGAGACUCUGUCGUCCCUCUUUUCGAGGGUGGUGACGUUCCCCGGUUGUUUCUGCCCUUACUGUCCCUCUUUGAAAUACACGUGGUGGAAAUCAGCGUGGUUUUGGGGUGUGUGCGGGAAAGUUGGGGUCACGCUGUGAAACAGGGAUCGGGCGUUUUAGAACCCCAGAAUCCCAGAUGGUUUGGGUUGGGAGGGACCUUAAACCUCAUCCCACGGGCAGGGACACUUCCCACUACCCCAGGCUGCUCCAUCCCGGCCCUGGACUCUUCCAGGGAUCCAGGGGCAGCCACGGAUUCUCUGGGAAUUCCAUCCCAGCCCCUCAUCCUCCUGACAGGCAGGAAUUCCUUCCCCAAAUCCCACCCGUCCCUGCUCCCUGGAGCCAUUCCCUGUGUCCCUGUGUCCAUGGGGAUGGAUGGGGGUCUGCGCUGUGCAGCAGCUGCGGGGGCUGAAGCACAAAUCGACGCUUUCCAGCGCGGCUGUUUUGUCCCUACAUCUGCUUUAUUAUUAUUUUUUCUUUCUUUCUUUUUUGUGCUGGUGGUUUCCCACCUGGCUGGCCCCGGACACUGCGGUGUCCUCUGGCCGCUUGACGGGCACAGGAGACGGAUUUUGUGUGAGAGAGCAGCGCCAGCCGAGCCCUUCCCAGCACAGAGGACAUUUCCAAGGGGACACACCGCUGACGUCCCGCUCCUGUUUGCCUUUUGGUUAAUUAAAGGCCGGCUCCGAGCUUUUGCAAACAUCUGGGAGGGAGCGAGGGGUUUGUACAAACACGGCAUCGGCGUCAGGAGCUGCGGGAGGGCACGAGGCUGUGCCAGGCCGGCUUCUGGUGCCCGCGGGCUCCGAGCCGCGCUGGUGCC